CCGUCCGGCUUUCUUUCUCCGACGGUCCUCCACGCUGCGGGGCGCUAGCGUGGGGGAAGAAACCGAAUGCGGCUAGAGAGGCAGGCUUUGGGGUUGCCAGGGAGCGGCUGGCGGCUGACUUCCGUUUCCGGACGCUGAGGCACGCGGAUUCGGUGUUGCAACCCAGCGGGAAAAUGCGGCCUUUGACUGAAGAAGAGACCCGCGUAAUGUUUGAGAAGAUAGCGAAAUACAUCGGGGAGAACCUUCAGCUGCUGGUCGACAGGCCCGACGGCACCUACUGCUUCAGGCUGCACAACGACCGGGUGUACUACGUGAGCGAGAAGAUCCUGAAGUUGGCCGCCAACAUCUCUGGGGACAAGCUGGUGUCUCUGGGGACCUGCUUCGGAAAAUUCACGAAGACUCACAAGUUCCGGUUGCACAUCACAGCUCUGGAUUACCUUGCACCCUAUGCCAAGUAUAAAGUCUGGAUAAAGCCUGGAGCAGAGCAGUCCUUCCUGUAUGGGAACCAUGUGUUGAAAUCUGGACUGGGUCGAAUCACUGAAAAUACCUGUCAGUACCAGGGAGUGGUGGUGUACUCCAUGGCAGACGUCCCUUUGGGUUUUGGGGUGGCAGCAAAGUCUACACAAGACUGCAGGAAAGUAGACCCCAUGGCGAUUGUGGUAUUUCAUCAAGCAGACAUUGGGGAAUAUGUGCGGCAUGAAGAGACAUUGACUUAAAACGAAAUCAUCGCAAGGACUUGUGGCUGUGUGGAAGGGCCUAGCUUUGUUUCCCGUGUCUGUGUAGGCUCCAUCAUCAUGUUGAAUUUUGUCAACACUGACUUCUUCAGGGACUUUUUAGUUUAAUAUUCUCUCUAUUGUGAUUGAAUGCAGGCUGGAUUCUUAAGUGAAGAUGGUUCAAAAAUGGCAUUUCAGAUCUUUGUGUUUGUGACUAAAUAGAAUGCUGUGUUUUUUAUAUUUGAAUCAGAAGGCUUCUUGUCUUGAGUAACAGGUUCUAAGUCGUUGGAACUGAGGACAAGAAUAGCUAGCUUAUUGUUAUCUGUGAUAACGCCGUUUUCAAACUCAUGAUAAGAACACAAAGGAUUUUUUCAUUGUUUAUAUGAUGAAAGUUAGAUAUUGCCAUAUGAGAAUGGUAGGCCAUGUGUUGGAUUUUAUGAAUGAAAUUUGGAUAAAAUAAUAGCAAUUUGUCCUGCCAGUUUUCUAUAUAGUGGGUGUUGUGUGGUAUGGAAGAAAAUCUUGGAUCUAAACCCCAAUUCUGACACCUACCAGCUGUAUGGCCUUAGAAGUCAUUAAACUUUAAUAAGCUUAAUUUUCUUCUUCAAAAAAAACAGCUUUAACCUAAAGAUGGUUUUUCGGAUUAGAAAUCACGUUUGUACAGCACUUAAGCACAGUGCCUGGCAAAUGAUAGGUGUUAAAUAAAUGGUAAAAUUAUUUUUAUAUUGCAUAUACUGGGUAUUUCUAUUACUAAGGAUAGGAUCUUAUGAAUACAGCUUGAUUAUAUAUCUUCGUUCUUGAUCUUUCUUUUUCUGAGAUGGUAUGAUCCCAGGCUAAUGGUAUGUUCAUCACCUUGAUUUCUUAAAAUGUGAUUUCCCAUGGGAGCCUUUACUUAA